UACAACGGCAGUGGCAGCGGCAGAGCCUCCUCCGCUCCUUUUCCCCUCCCGCGGGUCUGCGCGAGCCACUGCAGUGAACCCGUCAUCGGCGGCGAGCGCGAGAGCGGAGCCGACGAGACAAACACAUAUAUAGAUCGCACUCCCUUUUCAUUCGAUACACAUUUUUUUUUAAACUCCGUCUGAAGACUUCCAGCCGACGCAAUGGGAAAUGAAGCAAGUUACCCCAUGGAAAUGUGCUCGCACUUUGAUGCUGAGGAGAUUAAGAGGCUAGGAAAGAGAUUUAAGAAACUCGACCUAGAUAACUCUGGAUCCCUGAGUGUAGAAGAGUUUAUGUCCUUACCUGAGCUGCAACAGAACCCUCUAGUGCAACGAGUUAUUGAUAUAUUUGAUACCGACGGAAAUGGCGAAGUUGACUUCAAAGAAUUCAUAGAGGGAGUCUCUCAGUUCAGCGUCAAAGGCGACAAGGAACAGAAACUGAGGUUUGCCUUCCGGAUCUAUGACAUGGACAAGGACGGCUACAUCUCCAACGGGGAGCUGUUCCAGGUGCUGAAGAUGAUGGUGGGGAACAACCUUAAGGACACCCAGCUGCAGCAAAUAGUCGACAAAACCAUAAUUAACGCAGACAAGGAUGGUGAUGGCAGAAUAUCCUUUGAAGAAUUUUGUGCGGUUGUAGGCGGCCUAGACAUACACAAAAAGAUGGUGGUGGAUGUGUGACCAGCCCAUGAGCUCCAACACUUUUGCUUUCUUCUCCAUCUCUGAAGAUCUGCUCAAGAUGUCCAGCAAUGCUCUCUGUGUAUUUAAAUGGAAGUAUUUUUUUUUUUUUUUUUUUUUUCUUCUCUCUGUGAAGCCACUGUUUCCAACACAAGCCUCGUCAAGCCAACUUCAAUGCGUUAUUGAACUUUUGAAUCUCUCAAUAACUUGGUGUAGCACUUUAAAAAAAAGAGAAAAUCUGAAGGACAGCUUUUCUUGAAUGAGCAUCUCAGUUUGGUGGAGGAAAGGAAGAGGGUUGCGUGUAAUUCCCCCCCCCCCUUAAUAUUUAUUUUGGUUUUUUUUUUUUUUUUUUUAUUUUAAAAACAAGGAAGUGCAUAGGGAAAUUACGUAGUUAGUUGGGUGUAACUCAAUAUACUUGAUUUAAGUAUGUCGUAAAAAGUAGAGUAAAGUGCCAAUCAGUACAUAUAAAAGAAAUCUGAACGUAUGACAACCAUCGUUUUAACUUGGGGAGAAGUACUUUAGUUGGAAGAAAGAGAAGCGCUGCAUGAUCAAUGCGCAAUUCAUUUCUAAGUGUGUAGAAGGUUUUUUUUGUUUUUCUCCUCCUCUCCUAUUUGUCUUUGUAAUAUGAAUUAUGUAGUUUCAAUUAGAAUAUUUUAGCUUCCAGUCACAUAACACCAAAAGUUUUUUUUCUUAAUUUUUUUGUAACAAGGGGAAUUGUCUUAUUUAUACAUGUUUAUAUAUGCAGGGAGUUUAACCUGUUCUUGUCUUGCUUUCAAAAUACAGUGGAAGUAGAUGCUAUUUUUUGUGCAUACAUACUUCAGGUUUACUUUAAAGGCAAGUCUCUGUGUUACCUGGUAACUUGGUGAGCAUUUUGCAUCCGUCAGAUUAUUCCCCUCCGUACAGUACAUUUUCAUUGCUCAUGAUGAAUAUUUCUAUUAAAAUCAGUUGGAACAUUGAUGUAUUUUGUAUUUUAUUACCUUCGAAAAGGCAGUUCAAGUAAAUGAUUUUUGCUUUAUUGUUAAAUUACAUACAAUAAAAUGCAAGGAGCUCUAUAUAUAAUAGUUAACCUUAAUGUGAAAAUAGGCAAUUUCAUUUACUUUAUAGUGUUACAUUAAUCAACUGCUGGCAGAGUUAAAAUGGUAUUUUUUUGUUACCAGUAUAUGUAUAUUAGGGAAAUGAGGGAUACAUUUUUUUUGAGCUUUUACAAUUUUUAACAGGGAGAAAAUUACUUAAGUGACGUGUAUGCAUCCUAGUAACUACAGUGCCCUAUAUUUUAAUUUUUUUUUUGUACCCCAUGUAGAAAUUUAUUCCUCUUUGGUGUAAGUUUUGUAAGAAGGCGCUGCGUGACUGUGUGAUUUGAAAGUUAGCCGUUAUCCCUCCACUUCCACUCGUACCACAUUGUAGAAGAGACGCUCUUGACAAGUAGUUGUCAGGACUUGACAAAGAAAGAUUUUAUUGGGUUUUAAAGUGCCCUCGUCUAGUCAACGGAUUGCUCACACAGGUGGGUUUUCCUUGUGCGGGGGUGCUAGGCCAGAGGCUUCCUCCUGUAUGGGCUGUUCUUCAAACAAGUGCUGCACGACCAUGGCUCUGUCUGUUCCAGAGGCCCGAGGCUUGAUGUGCUUGCAUGAGCUUUUUUCUUUUGCAUGUUUUUAUUUUUUUUUUUUUUUUUUUUUUUUUUUAAAGGUCCUCUUGUUUACAUACAAAUGGUAAUACUGAAUACAAUGAGGUUGCCAAACUUUUGGUAAAUGUUUAAAUUAUAUACAAACCUCCACUACAAGUUACUUUUUAAAAUCUUCUGGAUCAGCGCAUUGCUCAAACUCCAGCAAAGGUUCCAGUGUCAACUGCCAUUAUGCUCUAUUUCAAGGGGAAACCAUGUGUGAAUUUUUUUUUUUUUGUACAGAAGUAUUUGUUAUAAACAUGUAGUUCCAGCGCUCUAUCUGUAUAAUGCAUUGACAAAGCAGUAGUUUUAGUACAAAUGUUCUCUCCCUUCAGAGGUUUUUUUUUUUUUGUGUGUGUGAGGGGGGGGUGGGAUUCACAGGAGGUUGAGGACUGUUUUAGGUUUUACUUUUGUCUGCAUGCUGCAUCAUAUACUGUGGGAACUAUUGGAAUCUUCAUACUGUAUGAAAAUAAAAAUUUAAAAUAACCA